GUUUCAUGUUAGUUCCUGCGCAGCGUGACGUGAUCUUGAAAACUCAGCCGAGGACGCGAUUCUGUAAACAUGCCCCUUAGUGUGCUAAUAACGCGGAUUUGCAUUCGGUCAUUUCAUUUGACACGAUCCAUAAUGAGCGCUCGGGCUCGCGUACAGAUAUUUCCCAGCUCGAAGACUCUAUUCGAUGAGCCGCUGCAAAUGAAAGUGGAGGGACUGAUUCCAAAGCAAAGUGUGGAGCUGAGGGCCAAACUUACUGACGACAAAGGCGUAGUUUUUAAAUCAUCUGCGGUAUACUGCGCAGACACCAGUGGUACUGUUGAUUUAGGAACCUCUAGUUCUCUGAGUGGCAGCUACACUGGUGUUGAGCCUAUGGGUCUGUUCUGGUCUAUGGCACCAGAAACACCCCACAGCAGACUUAUAAAAAGAGAUACAUCGAGUCCAUUUUUGGUUAAUAUCGAGGUGGCUGAUACCACGGAUUUGGGACACACGCUUGGAAACGCGACAGUGGAAAGGCGGUUCAUGGUAGAAGGAGCUCGCAGGGUACCUGUAAAAUUUGGAAGAGUAAGGGGUACCUUGUUUUUCCCACCUGGGCCAGGUCCGUUCCCAGGGGUUCUUGACCUUUACACAUUAGGCGGUGGCUUGACAGAGGUGCGCGGAAGUCUGCUGGCAAACAAGGGCUUUGUAGUCCUGUGUUUGGCCUUCUAUAGAUAUGACGAUUUGCCCAAGACCGUUACCCACUUUGAUCUGGAAUACUUUGAAGAGGCCUUGACAUUCCUGCGGAGUCUGCCUGAGGUCAAAGGUCCUGGGGUUGGCCUUAUUUCGAUUUCUAAGAGUGGAGAUCUGGCCUUGGCUAUAGCAUCACUCCUGCCAGACGUUUCUGCCACUGUGUGGAUCAAUGGCUGUAAUGCCGCUACUGUAUUCCCCCUGCACUGCAAAGACAGGAUCUUCCCUGCAGUCGCGGUUGACAUCAGCAAAAUAAGAAUCAACGGGUUUGGACUUAUAGAGAUCAAGGAUGUCGUGACUGACCCCAUGGCAGAGGUGAAUAAAGCUUCCCUCAUCCCAAUCGAGAAAGCAAACGGUAAGUUCCUCUUCGUGGCAUCAGAGGAUGACAGGAACUGGAAUAGCUACCUCUUUGCGGAGCAGGCUACCAAGAGACUGAAGGAUCAUGGGAAAGACAACUUUGAGGUAGUAAAGUACCCAAAGGCAGGGCACUUUCUGGAGGUUCCUUAUAUGCCUUUUUAUCCCUCCGGCAUUCAUGCUGCUGUAGGGCAAGUAGUUUCUUUUGGCGGCAAUGCGAAGGUGCAUGCAGACGCACACGUGGACCUAUGGAGACGCAUUCAGCGGUUUUUCCACAAGCACCUCAAUAGCAACUCCCAUAAAGCAAAGCUGUAACAUGCUGUUGUUUCCAUCCUUGGUAUGUUUAUUCGGGAAUCAAUGCAGUGAUUAAUAAUGAGUGUGUCAUAAUACAUUCACAACAGAAAACUUUGGAAUUUUUGUAAAAUAUUAUGAUACCAGUAUUGAACGGAACAAUCAGUGUCAUUAACAUUUGUAAUAUUUUCAACACUUUGCUGUGAUAUGAAUAUGGCUUAGCUAUUUCAAAAUUAACUAAGUCAAACACUUUAAUAAAUGUAAUUCUUUAUAACCUAAA